AUGGCGGCUCCCGUAGUGGUCGCUCCUGCGAUAAAUCUUCAGCAUAUGGACCUACCUGAAGGAAAUGAAGAUGUAGCAGCUGUGCUUCAAACAUCAACACAGCGCUGGCUCAACGCUGCUGAGUGGAGCAUUCUUUAUAACAACCACAACCUAUUCCCAGAAUCAAACUCAUUUACCAUACCUAUUGAAGUAGAGGGACUUUACAGAGUUGACAACCGCUUUAAUCAAGACAGCAAUACGUGGAGAAACACAAGUGCUCCCUCCACUUGCAAAAAUGCUAUCAACUUCUACAAUGUUAGGAUCGCCACUGGCUUGUACAGGUUUGAUGAUGAUGGGGACAUUGUGAUGGACGCUGAAGUUCAAGGAGGGUGGGUCCUUUGCAGAAAAACCGUGAGGAACAGAGGUGGGGGGGUACUUACUUUUGCACACUACAUGUGGGUUUUAGUGUGA